AAAAUGUUCCUAUUUAGUCCGAAGCAGCAACACGCCUUCCUGGUUUCUCUUUUCUCUAACUGGUUUCUCUUUUUGUCAAAUGUUUAUAGAAAAAGUUGUUUUUACUUUGUUAGAAUAGUUUUUAGAAAACAACCUUGUUUUAGAUUUAUUUUCGACCCAGUGCUCAGUCUGCUCUUGUGAAAGUCACAAUUUUAUUAUUUUAUCUCUGGACUCAAAUAAACAGGCUGGAGUUGAAAUCCUACCCAGGACUUUGCUCAAAAGUGGAACCGCAAUUUUAAAACAAUUUACGGGAAAAAUGAAUUGAAUAAAGUGAAUUGAAUAAUUGAUCUGUUUUCAGAUGAUCUUAAGAGUUUGCACCUGGCGUUACGUCGUUCCUCUUUUACAACCUGAGCUGACUCUGCGUUUGUCUUUAACGGUGAUAAACUUUAUAGUUAUGACACAAAUAAAAUCUAAAAAUCUGCAUAAGAAAAUUAUAAACCACUCAGGAAGUAUUACUGACUUCAUUUAUAUAUUUUUUAACUGGUAGAAAAAAGCUAUUUAGUCAAUAAAAAACCAAGAACAGCAGAUUUAGAUACAUAAUCUGUAUUUUCAGAUAUUAUCUGUUGUCAUUUAAACACUCUCUGUCCUAAAAGGUUUUAUUUGCCACCAAGUUCAGCCAAACUCAACCUGCCGUUUAAUUUCUAUGCCAGUGACAUUCAAGUUUAGUCGUCCAUUAAUCAACUAACCUACGAGGUUCCCUUUUUUCUAAAUGUAACCCGAGUGUAAUUUUAAACCUUCAAUUCCUCUGAUGUUCUACUCUUUUGCCUUUUAGCCUCAAAUCUCGCGAUGUUUUAAUAGUAUUAUGAGUGAUUAUCGCGAGAUUAUCAUUUAGCCAAUCGCGGUUGAGUACUGGGGUCACAUGUACCUUUCCAGUUUACCGGCUAGGUAUAUUAGCUCAAGCGAAAGGCCGUGAAGGGUAGAACGCGUUGGAAGGAGCAGAGCUGGCAGGAGCCCAUUAUUGUGAGCCGGAAAGGGAGAUGAAAAAGAUCCGGUAGUAUGAUACAAAACUGCGGAACAGGCCAGGUGGAUGGUGAGCUAUGAGACCAGGCCUAGAGCCAAAGAAAGAUUUCACCGGUUGGUGACAGAAGACUGCUUACUUCUCCUACCCAGCUGGUAGGAGAAUCCUACAAAGAUUGGGUCCAAAGAUUGAUUGGACUUUCAAUUACCCAGGACGUGAACCACGCCCUGGAUACUCGCCUUGUUUGCUAGCCGGAUUAAUCCCCAUUCGGGGUGGAUGGACUAAGGGGUUGUAAAAUGAACUUUGGGAACGAUUGAUUAAUUUGUUUUUUCCCUUUGUUGUGUUUCUUCUUUUCUCCUCUAUUUUUCUUUUUUAUUUCAUUGUUUUGUUUUUUUCCUUGAUGGCCAUUUGCAUAUCCCAAUGUUGUGGUUGUAAAUAUGUAAAUAUGAUAUUCACAUUGCAAAUACAAAACACUCGGAGCUGCAAACUCUAGCCUAACUGCUCUUUCUUGAGUCGUACCUAUUCUUCUGAAAGAAAAAAAGAAAGGAAACUGGCCUAUUAUCUUGGUUAAAAGCCAUUUAUAUUGAAUAACAAUUUAGAUUGUCUUUUCAAAUAUGCUACAUACAUUAGUGGUGAGCUAGCCAGGAGCAGUUGUACAGAAGCUGGAGUGUUGCAGUUGCUAGUUGUUGCUAAAAUGGAUGUUUUGGUGAAAUGUGGUUUUAAAAUGCCUAACGCAGUGUUGAUUAGACAUGCAACGAACUCAGAGACUGAUAAUGAAGUGGCUGAUUUUCUGACUGGAUACGGGUCAAUGGAAAAGUUUGAAUUUAUAACUGAUUCUGACUCAGAUUUCUAUAACUGCAUAAUUUUUGAGUUUUCAUCAGGGAGUGCUUUGGAGAGGCUGUGUAAAAUCUUGCCUUACACGUAUGUUUGCCAAACUAAAAAAAUUACUUAUGAAAUUGAAGAGCUGUCAGUAGUUUGCUCCGAGUUAGAAACUAAAAUAAUAACUGAAACAUACCUGAGUGAAAUGAAAAAUGUGGCUAAGCUUACAGGUCAGGAUUACACAGAUGUCUUCAGGCGUGUAAUGUCUCUACUGGGCCAAUCCAUCACUGAACUUUGUCCAGUCCCAUCUUCUUUGAAGACUUCCCCAGAAGAAGAGGAUUUGGCCAUGGUUGCUUCCCUUACAUCAAAGAUGGCAACCAAGGGUGGUUUUCAUCUUAAGCCAGAAGAUGUCGCUGCAGAGGAUGGGGAGUCGCCACAUGUUCAACCUGAUCCUACUGCACACUAUACGUCACGUCCUUCUGGACCUUUGCCAGCCAUGUCUUUGUCAGAUAUCAACCCACCUGGAGUCCAGAGCCAAGAUCCUCAGAGGAUUUGAGCGCAGACAGGAUGUGAUGCAACAGAUCCUGGAGGAGAACCGAGACACUCAGAGGAAGGUUGCAGACGUCCUGCAGCAAGCCGUGCAGCUCAGGGAGGACCAGCAGCAGCAGCAGCAGCAGCAGCAGCAGCAGCAGCAGCACCAAGAUGCUCCCGCCCCGCAGAAAAAGUCCAAGAAACUGUUCCCCAACUCGGCCCUGUUCAAGGACUGGGGGGAGCAUCUGUCCGCGGACGAGCAAAAAGAAGCCCAGUCUCUGUUUGAGAUGUACGGAUACAACGUUUUCCUGAGCGAUCGCCUUCCUCUGGACCGACCGCUGCCCGAUACCAGAGAAAAAGGGUGUUUGAAGAGGACCUAUGAGAAGGACCUGCCGACGGUGGGAGUGGUGCUGAUCUACCUGAACGAGGCCUUGUCCAUCCUGAAGAGGGCGCUGCGCAGCAUCAUCGACCGCACGCCCAAACACCUGCUGAAGGAAAUCAUCCUGGUGGACGACAACAGCUCCAACGAAAACCUGAAAGGUGACCUUGAUGCGUACGUUAAGUCUCUGGAGGAGGAGAACCCGGGCCUGCGGUUUGCCAGGGUGAGGCACACGGAGCAGAAAGGCCUGGCGUUCGCCAGAGCGUCUGGCUGGAGGGCGGCCACCGCCGAUGUGGUGGCCAUCUUGGACGCUCACAUCGAAGUCCAUGAGCUGUGGGUCGAACCGCUGCUGACGCAGAUCAAAGCCGACCGGACCACGGUGGUUUCGCCCGUCUUCGACAGGGUGAACUUUGACGAUCUGAAGGUCAUCCAGUACCUCCCUGCGGCGCACGCGUUCGACUGGGCGCUGUGGUGCAUGUAUGAGGGCUUCGCCCCCGACUACUACAAGCACAACGACAGCUCCCGGCCCGGAAAGAGUCCGUCGGUCAUGGGGAUCCUGGUGGCCGACAGGAAGUUUCUGGGAGAAAUCGGACUCCUCGACGAAGGAAUGAAAGUUUAUGGUGGAGAAAACGUCGAGCUUGGGAUUCGUGUGUGGACAUGUGGCGGCAGCAUCGAGGUCGUUCCCUGCUCAAAGAUCGCCCACAUCGAGCGUUUUCACAAGCCCUACAUGCUGGACCUGUCGCCCGCCAUGAAGAGGAACGCCCUGAGGGUCGCCGAGAUCUGGAUGGACGAAUACAAACACAACAUCAACCUGGCCUGGAAUCUUCCCUUCGAGAAUCACGGUAUCGACAUCGGAGACGUUUCUGAGAGGAAGAAACUGAGAGAACGACUGAACUGCAAACCGUUCAAAUGGUACCUGGACAACGUUUACCCCAAACUGGACCCCUGGGACAACCUGCUGGCUUACGGCGCGCUGAAGAACCUGGACUCUGAGUUGUGCAUCGACCAAGGUCCGGUCCCCGGCGACACGCCCAUUUCCUUCGACUGCCAUUACUACGGACCGCAGAUGGCCUAUUACCGUGAAACUGGUGAGAUGUACAUCGGCGGCAUCAAGUCCCACAAGUACAACGACAACCGCUGUCUGACCGACAGAGGGGAGAAGAAAACCGAGCCGGGUCUGUUCAACUGCAAAGAGGCCAUGCAGAAAGGAAUGGGGAUAUACUGGGACUUCACCCAGGGAAAACAGCUGAAGAACCGUCAGACGAAGCGCUGCCUGGAAAUGGUGAACAGGGUUCUGGUGAUCCAGGACUGCAGCGGCCAGCGGUGGAAGAUCCAAAACGUCAUUAAAGACUUUUAAACCCACCUGAGCUGCAGCGAACGGGUCACUAAAGCUCUAUGCAUGAAGAAAAUAAAAAUACGUUUUAUGAAUUUAUUUUACUGAAAUUAAAUGAAAUCAUUUUGUAAAUAGAUGAAGGGAGAUUAAAUAUUUAUUUUGUUUUCAUAUCAAUAAUGUGAGCAUAUAAAACCCAACAAAUGUCCAUUUGCAGCCUCUGAAGCUUUUCUUCGUUUAGCUGCUGGUUUUUUAACAGACUGAAGGUUUCGGCUGGUUUUCUCUGCAGCUCUGCGAGGGUCUGAGGGUCUUUUGUUACAAAAUGCUGUUAAAAAAAACACUGAUUAGAGAAGUUAAAGGUGAAAAAGUUCUUGUUUUGUUCCCUGAGAUGAUGAUGAAUAAGAAAUCUGGCAUGUUUGGUUCAAAUAACCUUCGUUACUAUGAGAAACUUCAUUUGGAUUUAUGUUUAUUAAAGCUGCCCGUGACCAGGAUUAUUUAAAUGUCUUCAUGUGUUUUGGGGUUUUGUCAUAUAAAAAAUAAAUUUAAAAGUGUAAAGUUGAUUCAUGGUUCUAUUAGUUUUGGGUUUUUCUUGUGUUGCUGCAGCUGCGGUUCAAAAAUAUAUUUUCAUUCCGUGUGAAAAUAAAACUUUAAAAGUGA